AUGAAAAUAUUAAAAAACAUAUUCUAUUUUAUCAAAAAAAAGGUUAAGAAAUUUCAAAAUGCUUUCGUUUUAAAAAAUUUUUUGUUAAUAAUGUCUUUAGCUGAAGAGUUGCUUGCUGAUUUAGAAGACGAAGAAGAUGAAUUUGGAAUAGAUGAACAUGAAAAAGUCAAUGAAGAUGCAAUGGAUAUUACGAUUCCUGAUAAACCUAUAAUAAAAUAUGAUAGAGUUAAAGAUAUUGCAAAAUUAGCAGAUAGUGAAAAUUUCCGGACACAAAUAUCAAAGAUGGAUGAAAUGUUGAGAUUAAAAGAGAUACCUAAGUUAAUGACACCAUUAGAAAUAGAUCCUCAAUAUCAAUUAGUAGUAAAAUUAUCUGAAUUAGCUUCUGAAAUUGAUACUGAAAUAAAUCUUAUUUAUAAGUUUGUUAAAGACAAGUAUAAUAAAAGGUUUCCUGAGUUAGAAACAUUAAUUAUGGUACCAUUAGAAUUUAUUGCUUGUGUUAAACUUCUUGGAAAUGACAUAAAAACAAGAGGACAAAAUAAAGAUCUCCUUAGUGAAGUACUAGCACCUUCCAAUUGUAUAGUUGUUUCGGUUACAGCAUCAACAAGUGAAGGACAAGAAUUGACAGAUGAAGAGUUAAAAGUUAUUAGAGAAGCUUGUGAUAUGGCAGAAAUGUUACAAGAUACAAGAAAUCGUAUGCAAAAAUAUGUCGAAAUGCGUAUGAAUUUGAUAGCUCCAAAUAUUACAGCAAUGCUUGGUUCUACUGCAACAGCAAUGGUUGUUUCGCAGGCUGGUGGUUUAGUUCAACUUUCAAAAAUGCCUUCAUGUAAUGUACUUUUACUUGGUCAACAAAAGAAAAAUCUUAUUGGUCUUAGUACCAUUUCUGCUUUAAGACAUACAGGUUUUAUAUAUUAUCAUCCAAUGGUGCAAAGUUUACCUCCUGAUCAUAGAAGAAAAAUAGCUAAGAUUCUUGCUUCAAAGGUUGUUUUGGCAGCUAGAGUUGAUUCACAACAUGCAUCUAGAAAUGGUGAAAUUGGAAUUAAAUUUAAAGAAGAAAUUGAAAAAAAAAUUGAGAAAAUUCUAGAACCACCUCCAGUAAAAAAUAUAAAAGCAUUACCUAAACCAAUAGAUAAAGCUUCAAAAAAGAGGGGUGGUAGAAGAGUAAGAAAAAUGAAAGAGGCUUUAGGAAUGACGGAGUUACGUAAGAAUUCUAAUAGAAUGGGAUUUGCUGAUAUUCAGGAAGAUAUAAAUCAAGAAUAUAUGGGUCAUUCAGCUGGUAUGAAUGCAACUGGUUCUGCAUCAACUGGCCGUGUUCGUGCAGCUGUUGUUGAUAAUAAAACCAGAGUCAAAAUGUCGCAGAAGUUACAAAAACAGCUUGAUAUGCCACGUUUUUCUGGAGGUUUAUCUUCAAUUAGAACAAAAGGAACAGCCGGUACAGCUUCCAGUAUUUCAUUUACUCCUAUUCAGGGACUUGAAAUUGUUAAUCCUACGGCUAAAGAGGAGAGAAAGGACGACAAUUCUGGAUAUUUUUCAUCAAUUUCAAAUUUCCAGUUUGUGAAACCUUCUCUUCCUAAGUAA